UCCUUUUGGUGGUAUCAAUAGCUGUCGCGCCUCAAGCAAGGAGUCGUUUUUUUUCCCGCGCGCUCGUCUUCUCUCCCGUUCAUGGGGAAACCUAAACAACAGGUUCUCUCCCGCUUCUUCGUCCCAAAGCCGCGACCUCCCCCUGAGGCGGCGGAACAAAACUCGCCACCGCAGCCAUCACCUCCCCGCCCCAAACCCUCACCGAGGAUCGCCACCACCAUCUCAUUUUCCCCCUCUACAACCUCCUCUAAGCGUUCCCACUCUCAUUCCCAAAACCCAUCCUCAUCUGCCAAAAAGCCCAAGACCUCACUCCACGAGAAGUUGGUUUCAAAGCUUAUUGAUCCUCCCGCUUCCUCCGUGACCGUCCCAAAACCCUCGUCCCAAAACCCUAAUUACACUCCUCUCGAGCAGCAGGUCCUCGAGCUCAAAUCGCAGCACCCAGACGUCCUUCUCAUGGUUGAGGUCGGCUAUCGUUACCGUUUCUUUGGUGAGGACGCCGAGACUGCCGCGCGAGUACUUGGCAUCGUCGCUCACCCCGACCACAAUUUUCUAACCGCCAGUGUGCCCACAUUCCGAUUGGAUUUUCACGUCCGGCGGCUCGUUGGCGCCGGAUACAAGGUCGGCGUGGUUAAGCAGACGGAAACGGCGGCGAUUAAGGCGCAUGGGUCGAACAGGUUAGGACCGUUUUCGAGGGGCUUGUCGGCGUUGUAUACAAGGUCGACGAUUGAAGCGGCGGAGGAUAUGGGAAGCGGAAGGGAAGAGGGGCUGGUGGGUUCGGAUGGGAAUUACCUUCUUUGUGUUACGGAGAAGGAAGCUGUGGCUGGAGAUAAUGGUUUUGGGGUGGAGGGUUGCUUUGACGUGAAGAUUGGGAUAGUUGGAGUGGAAAUAUCGACCGGGGAGGUCAUUCAUGGAGAGUUUAAUGACAAUGUUAUGAGAUCGGGGCUUGAAGCUGUUGUUUUGAGUUUAUCUCCAGCAGAAAUCCUUCUGGGGGAUCCUCUUUCUGCCUCUACAGAGAAGCUGCUGUUGGCCUAUGCUGGACCUGCUUCUAAUGUUCGAGCUGAGCGAACUUCUCGGAACUGUUUAAAUGAUGGGGGUGCACUUGCAGAGGUGAUGUCCUUAUAUGAAGAGGUGACUAAGGAUACCCCAAUUGAAACAAAUUUGUACAUCAGGGUAGAGAGAGAUGAUUCCAGUGGUAUUGAGGGAAUUUUAGCCAUGCCAGAACUAUCCAUCCAAGCACUGGCGCUAUCCUUGCGAUACCUCAAAAAGUUUGGCUUGGAAAGGAUUUUAAUCAUGGGUGCUUCAUUCCGGCCUUACUCUAGCAAUGUUGAGAUGACGUUAUCUGCAAAUACACUUCACCAGCUGGAGGUCUUGCGAAACAGCUACAAUGGUUCUAUUGAAGGUUCAUUGCUGCAUGCUAUGGAUCACACUUGCACUUCAUUUGGAUCAAGACUUCUGAAACACUGGGUUACUCAUCCAUUAUGUGAUAGAAACUCCAUAAUUGCACGCCUUGAUGCAGUUACCGAAAUCGCAGAUUCAAUGGGUUCUUGUAGAGUUUUACAAGCAGCUUUUUUAACUAAAGAAAGUUCAUGCAAUGAAACCAGUUCUAUAAUGUCAGAUGUUUUAAAGAUGUUGGGGAAGUCUCCCGAUGUACAGCGGGGGAUAACUAGAAUUUUUCACAGAACUGCUACUGCAGCUGAGUUCAUUGGGGCCAUCCAAGCUAUCCUUCUAUCCGGCAAGCAAUUACAGAAACUUUAUGCUGAAGAUGAUGAAAAUAAUGUUACGAGGAUGGUGAAAUCUACUCUUCUGAGAAGGUUAAUUUUUACUGCAUCAUCAUCUUCUUUAAUUUCUCGAGCUGCACAGCUUCUCUCCUCUCUUAACAAGGAUGCAGCUAAUCAGUGUGAUAUGCUGAACUUGUUCAAUGCUUCUGGUGGUCAGUUCCCAGAGGUUGCUCUUGGCCAAAUAGCUGUUCAAACGACCAAAGAAAAGCUAGAUUCAUUAAUUAUUCAGUACCGAAAACAACUUGGAAUGCGGAAUUUAGAAUUCAUCGCUGUGUCUGGAGUCACCCAUCUAAUUGAAUUAUCUUCUGAUACUAAGGUUCCUUCCAAUUGGGUUAAGGUAAAUAGUACUAAGAAGUCAGUGAGAUAUCAUCCCCCACAGGUCCUGGCAACUUUGGAUGAGUUGGUUCUUGCAAAAGAAGAAUUUGCUGUUACAUGCAGGAAAACAUGGGCUAAUUUUUUGACAGAGUUUGGCAAAUACUAUGCUCAAUUUCAGGCUUCAGUUCAGGCUCUGGCUGCUUUGGACUGUUUGCAUUCACUAGCCAUUCUCUCAAGAGAUCAGAAGUACGUGCGACCAACUUUUGUAAGUGAUGAUGAACCAGGUCAAAUAUUUAUCAGUUCUGGUCGCCACCCAGUUCUGGAUUCUGUCUUAGGAGAACAUUUUGUUCCAAAUGACACGUGCCUUCAUUCAGAUGGUGAACUUUGCCAGUUAGUCACUGGGCCAAAUAUGGGCGGAAAGAGUUGCUACAUUCGACAGGUCGCCCUUAUAGCAAUAAUGUCUCAGGUUGGUUCCUUUGUACCAGCAUCGUCUGUAAGGUUGCACGUGUUCGACGGGGUAUACACUCGAAUGGGAGCAUCCGAUAGCAUCCAACAUGGAUCGAGUACCUUCUUUGAAGAAUUGAAUGAGACUUCUCAUAUUCUCGAACAUUGCACAUCGCGGUCUCUCGUCAUCAUUGAUGAGCUCGGCCGAGGAACGAGUACCCAUGAUGGUGUCGCCAUUGCUUAUGCAACAUUGCAUUAUCUUCUGCACCAGAAGAAAUCUAUGGUUCUUUUUGUUACACACUACCCCCAAAUUCUGGAUAUACAGAGUAAAUUUGAAGGAUCAGUUGGAGCAUAUCAUGUUUCUUAUUUGACAUCAAAGAAACCUUUGAAAUUAAUGGAAUCUAAAUCAGAAUUUGAUAUUGGAGAUGAGGAGAAACAAGACGUGACCUUUCUGUAUAAGGUUAUUCAUGGUGCAUCUGACAAGAGCUUUGGCCUCAAUGUUGCUCGACUUGCUCAGUUGCCGCAUAUGUGCAUUAAAAGAGCAGCUUUCAUGGCCGCAAAACUUGAAGCAGACAUCAGUUCACAGACGGGAAAUCAGGCCAAAAUGUCAGAUAGUAAUAAAACUAUAGAGGAAAACAAAACUUGUGAUAUUCAUUCUGGUUCCCCUAAACAUGCACAUGAAGAUAGCGAACACUUUGAAGAGCUGGCGAAAAAAUGCCGCAUCAUAUUCUUUUCUAUAAAAUCAGCACUACGAAAUGCUGACACAGAUGAAAUUUUUCGCUGUUGGAAGGGCGCUAGAGAAGUAGCACAGAUGGCAUCGAAGUGGUGAUUGGCAUUUUUUCGCUCGAAUCCCGUCUUAGAAGCUCUUGACCGCUAUCGGCUAUAUGUUUCUAGGUGAGGUGCAGCAUCUUUAUUCGACUCACCUUUUGCAUUCUGAUAUCUUCUACUUGUUGGCUUGGGGAGCUAAGCCGUUUUGUAAAUGGUGGAAUAGAUCAAUUUAGAGGAAAAGAAUGUGUAACUAUGAGAAUUGAGAACUAACCAUGUUAUUUAAUGAAGGCAUUAUUAUCAUCCAAAAUGAGAGGGCCAUGCAGAUGCUUGCUUGUUUUACAGUUUUCUUAUUGCAGCUUACCUGACAUGAU